CCGCCGGAGUCUGAUGGCUAGACUUGUUACGAACACAAAAGGCUAUCUUUUUUAAACUUUAAACUGUAUUUAUUCUUCUGUGAGCUUACUAUAGUCGUCUUUUGGUAGCUAAUAAUAAGACUAUAAUCUAACAGUCUUUCUUUGUACUUUAGUCUGUUUAGCCUGUUUUUUUUUUUUGGUCGUUUUUUAAGAUCAGUACAUAGUUAGCUAACAGUUAGCUUGCUUUUAGACGGGCUAAAGAUCUCGGCUGAGUAACACUAAGGAACCUAAAAAUAUCUUUAAUAUUGACUUCAUUCUACAUUGAAAAUGAAAGUUGCAGAGGAUCAAGUUGUUGAAGAUGAUUCUAGUUUCCAGGAUGAUGAGGAGUCUUUCUUCCAAGACAUUGACCUCCUGCAAAAGCACGGGAUAAACAUGGCAGACAUCAAAAAGCUGAAGUCAGUGGGCAUCUGCACUGUAAAGGGGAUCCAGAUGACUACCCGCAAAUCUCUGUGUAAUAUCAAGGGUCUGUCAGAAGCAAAAGUGGAAAAAAUCAAGGAAGCUGCUGGAAAAAUCCUGAAUGUCGGUUUCCAGACGGCCUUUGAGUACAGUGCGAAGAGGAAGCAGGUGUUCCACAUCACAACUGGGAGUCAAGAGUUUGAUAAAUUGCUGGGUGGCGGCAUAGAGAGUAUGGCUAUCACAGAGGCCUUUGGAGAGUUCCGCACAGGAAAAACCCAGCUGUCUCACACACUUUGUGUCACUGCUCAGCUGCCAGGCGAGGACGGUUACUCAGGCGGAAAAGUCGUCUUCAUUGACACAGAGAACACCUUUCGCCCAGACAGACUGAGAGACAUCGCUGACAGGUUUAAUGUGGACCAUGAUGCAGUGCUGGACAAUGUGCUUUACGCCCGAGCCUACACUAGUGAACAUCAGAUGGAGCUGUUGGACUUUGUAGCAGCCAAAUUUCAUGAAGAGGGAGGAGUGUUCAAACUGUUGAUUAUCGACUCCAUCAUGGCUUUGUUCAGAGUAGAUUUCUCUGGCAGAGGGGAGCUUGCUGAGCGGCAGCAGAAACUGGCCCAGAUGCUUUCAAGGCUGCAGAAAAUCUCUGAAGAGUACAAUGUAGCUGUGUUUAUUACCAACCAAAUGACAGCUGAUCCUGGAGCAGGAAUGACAUUUCAAGCUGAUCCCAAAAAGCCAAUUGGUGGGCACAUCCUGGCCCACGCCUCCACCACACGCAUCAGCUUGAGGAAAGGGCGCGGGGAGAUGAGAAUUGCUAAGAUAUUUGACAGUCCUGAUAUGCCUGAGAAUGAGGCCACCUUUGCCAUCUCUGCUGGAGGAGUUACUGAUGCCAAAGAGUAGAGUAUAAUAAAAGGAAGCAAUGAGAUGUAUAUAUUAACACUGUUCCUUGCUCACCUGUCAAGUUAUUCCUUGUAUUUUUAAUUAGUUUAUUUAUUAAUGUUUCAUUAACCUUAUGUAAGUUUUCUUAUACCGCUGUACUUUUUGACGACUGUAUUGUUUUUACUCAGCUGUGUUGUUUCUGUGU